UCUCUCCCACACUCGCUUCUUUUUUUUUUUUUUUGAAACUUUCAUUUUAUCUUUAAUGACAGGAGAAUUCAAGCACAACCAAUAGCAACCAGCAACCAGCUUUUCCACCAGGAAAAUUGUGCUUCUUUUCCCGGAUUUCUAUUGCUUGUGCUCCUAACAUUUGGAGUUUCGCAGUAUCCUCUGGUUAACCUCUCUGUGAUCUAAGCGCUUCUACUGCGAAAUGGAUGAAGAAUUGAGCGAACAAAGGUUCUAAGGAUGGUGAGUUGGAGACCUGAAUCGUCAUGUGUAGAACAAGUUGAGGGAGAAUUUGACUGAAUUAUGGUAAAUCUUCGAAAAGUGAAAGCAUAAAACAGAUUCUGAAUUGCUUAUAGCAUAUGGAUUUGCUUAUGUUUCAGAUAUAAAUCCUUCCCAUCUUUUUUUUAACACUAAUAUAUGUUUGGUAUUCCCUUGCCUAAAAACAUUUCCGCGUCCACAAUCAAUUGCUAAUCUAUUUCUGCUUGUGAGUGAAGGAAAAUGUUUUCCCUUAAAACAUUUGCCAUGCCACAAUCUUUUUCACCUCUUUGUUCAGUGAAGGUUGAGCGUAAUUUGCUAUUUUUUUCUUCAAUUUCUCCUCAAAACCCUGUUUGUAUAUCAACUUCAUGCACUUCUACUCCGGAAUUUGUCUCGCCUUCUCCCAUGUACUGUGGACGCGGUAGAAAACCUUUAUCUUGCUUUGCUGUUUCAAGGAGUUCUGAUACAGAGCCUGACCCUGAAACUAGCACCAAGCCCAAAGCUAAACCUAAAACAAGAUCUCACCAUCCAGAAGCUCUAGAUUCUCAAAAAGAAGAUGAAAAACCUGAUACAAUCUUCCCAACAACAAUUCCACGCAAGCCAAGGCGCGGUCGUAGAAGUGAAGCAGUUGCAGUUGAGGAUUUUGUUCGUGACUCACUUGAACGAACAUUUGCUUCAAUCCGGCAGCAGAACCCCGAAGUUUUAGAGAAUCAGGAAAAUAUAAUGAAGGACAGAGUUAAAGGUAACCUAGAUUCAGAAACAACUGAUGAGGACAAGGAUGAGGAUGAUGGUGACAAUGAAUACGAAGAUAAACAAGAUGUUGCUAGAGGAAAAAGAAAGAAAAAGAAGAUGGUGGUUGAGGAGGAAGACCCAGAUUGGCCAUUGGAUGCUGAUGUGGGUUGGGGAAUCAGAGCAUCAGAUUAUUUUGAGAAGCAUGCAAUCAAGAAUGUUAUGGGAGAAGAUGGACUGGAGAUUGACUGGGAGGGGGAGAUGGAUGAUAACUGGGUGAAGGAGAUCAAUUGUCUUGAGUGGGAGAGUUUCGCUUUUCAUCCUAGCCCAUUAAUUGUUCUUGUUUUUGAGAGAUACAACAGGGCAACUGAUAACUGGAAGACUUUGAAAGAGCUAGAGAAGGCAGUCAAGGUGUAUUGGGGUGCAAAGGAUCGACUACCUCCUCGGACAGUGAAGAUAGACAUUAAUAUCGAGAAAGAUUUGGCAUAUGCUCUUAAAGUUAAAGAAUGCCCUCAAAUUUUAUUUUUGCGAGGAAACAGGAUCAUUUAUAGGGAGAGAGAGUUCAGAACUUCAGAUCAAUUGGUACAGAUAAUUGCACAUUUCUACUACAAUGCCAAGAAGCCUUCUUGUGUAAAUGAUGCAGCUCUAUUUCCACAUUAUUAGUUUGUUAGCUAAAGGUGGGCUAUGCCAGGCAGGAGAGCCUAAACAGUGUAUAAUCAGCUGGGACUGCCAAGGCAACACAGCUUGCAAGGUGGAGUGCAGGACCAAUUACCGGCGAGGUCGUGGUUUCUGCACCGGCAGCCCUAGAGCCUGCUUAUGUGCAUAUUUAUGUCCUCCUUGAAAUGCUUGUAGAAUUGUAUGUACUCAAAGGAGGGGAACACCGAAGAUGUAUGAGAUGAAACUGUAAUGCUUAAAAUAAAGUUGAAGGCUUAAAAUAAAGUUGAAGGUUUAAGAUGGUGUUACAUAUUCUGAUUGAAAUUUAUGCUCUGCAAUGAGAGUGUUCCUUCUGUUGAAUCCGUUUCAUAUAAAGCCAAUGAGAGUGUUCAUUCUGUUGAA